AGACUUGAUAUAUCUUAUGAAAGUAAAAUACAACAAUGAAACACUAUUACUUGUGCUUGUGUAGUAUUAUUACUGCAUUGUUUCUUCUAGUAAAUGUUAGCUCCUACGCAGUAGCAGCAGGAGAAUGUGGAAAAGAUGCUGGCGGUGCUCUUUGUGCUGAGGGCUUUUGCUGUAGUAACUACGGAUACUGUGGUCAAACCGACGACUAUUGUGCCCCUGAUAAGUGCCAAAGCCAAUGCCCAACUCCUUCUCCACCCCCGCCACCAUCACCACCGUCUCCGCCACCUCCUCCCUUCACACCACCACCUCCGGCGUCUCCCGAAGAUAUUAGCAACAUCAUUACUCCAUCAAUAUUCGAGGAGAUGCUUACCUAUAGAAAUGACCCUCGAUGCAAAAGCAAUGGCUUCUACGCCUACGAUGCCUUCAUAACAGCCGCUAGAAAUUUUCCAAGCUUUGGUACUACUGGUACUCUAGAAACUCGUAAGAGAGAACUCGCGGCAUUCCUUGCCCAAACUUCUCACGAGACCACAGGAGGAUGGUCAACCGCAGAAGGAGGACCAUAUGCUUGGGGAUAUUGCUUUAUCAGCGAAGUAGGUCAGCCUGGUUCUUAUUGCGUACCUAGCACAGAAUGGCCUUGUGUUCCUGGCAAAAAAUACUAUGGUCGUGGACCCAUUCAAAUCAGUUAUAAUUACAACUACGGACCCGCUGGUCAAGCACUUGGAUUGGAACUAUUAAGCAACCCAGAUCUAGUUGCAACAGACGCAGUUGUUUCAUUCAAGACAGCUAUAUGGUUUUGGAUGACUCCACAGUAUAAUAAGCCAUCUUGUCACGACGUUAUUGUUGGCGAGUGGAUACCGACACCGGCUGACGUGGCAGCUAAUCGACUUCCGGGCUAUGGUGUCAUCACUAACAUAAUCAACGGAGGUCUGGAGUGCGGCCAUGGUGAAGAUGACAGGGUUAAAGAUAGGAUUGGUUUCUAUGAAAGGUACUGCGGUAUACUUGGAGUAAGCACUGGGGAAAACGUGGACUGUUACUAUCAACACUCUUUCGGUUUUAGACUCAUGAAUGCAAGAUCAUUUGGAGUGAUCAAAAUGUCGGUCGACGAAUAGGGGUAGUGUAUUAAUAGUGUAUAAUGUUUUUUUGUAAUGAGUUGUACACGUACGUACUUGUAUAUAUAGCUAUAUUUAUCAUAUACGGUACGUACACUUAAUAAGGUGAGGAUAUAAAUUAAUAAUAAGCAACUCAACUACUUUUGUGGUUAUUCUAUUA